AUGGCGAACAAUGUCCCGUUCUACGAGAAGGCUGCGAUCAACAACAGCAUAGGCAGGAGGCUUAAAGAUCUACCACAUGGACAAGAAGAUGUAGAAGUACGAGCCGGUGCCGCGGUCCGCGAUCAUGAAUCUGAUCAUGCUCAAGUUCGUCUCCCUCUGCAUCGCCAUUGCAACUCCUCGGUCGAGGACUCGAGGACGUCCCUGCCCAUCGCCCUGUACUCGCUCUUCCGCAAGAACGUGAACAAGAUUACGGCCGGCAUCGUCUACGACGUCGCGAGCAGCGACUCGGAGCGGGUUUCCGCCCCAGAGUACGGGAUGUCGUACGUCCUCUCGCUGAGGCCCGUUAAGAUGACCCUGACCCUAUACGGGGAGACCAUCGCGGAGAAGAUAAAGGAGUCGCAGACCGGCGUGAUCGACUAUGAGAAGCUGAAGGAGAGGGCAUACACGAUCAGGGACAUGUGA